AUGGCAACUUAUUUAAACUUUCUUGCAGCAGCCAUACUCACUGUAAUAACAAUCUUCACUUCCCUAAUAAUCCCUUCUUAUGAACUUAUAACAACUUUACCAGAUAUUUCAGCUGCACCAGCUUUGCUUCCGGAUCCUCCAACUUCUCCAUACAUUCAAGAAUUGUCACCGGAUAUUGCUCCACUCUUGCCUUCUUCGGGCGGCCCGACCCGUUCUUCAACCGGAUCCUCCAUGCCCACAAUCCCCUCGACCCGUACUCCGAACCCGGAUACCGUUUCCUCCAUCGGCCCGGAUACCGCACUUGCACCGGCUGCUGGCCCGUUACAAGAUUCCUCUGCACAAGGGGUUGGAGUUCAAGUAAGUAAAUUUUGUCGCGACUUUGGUAAUUAG